AUGGGUCUGGGCAAAAAAUACAGCAACAACGACGCAGCAAAACAUCUUCCUCCCGUAGACCUCCAUAUCGACGAAGCACCCGUCUAUUUUAUCGGCCCAGCAACGGCAGACAACCCCAUGUCCCAUGUGCGCACCCGGCUGAUGGGCAGCGUCUCGUUCAACGAUCCCAAACUCAAAUGGAACCGGAUCACCUUGCAGUUCAGCGGCAAAGCAGGCUUGGAUAUCCAAGCGCCUGUCUCAGCAUUACCGCGAGAGCUUGCGGGCGAUGAUGCUGGCAACAGCAGUAGCAAAAAUACGAUGCGAUUAGACUCGACCAUGUCGCUGUGCAAAAUCGAAAAGGAGCUUAUCUUCACCGGCGAAAAGGUCAUUGAGUUCGGUUUGCAUUUGCCUACUACAUUGCCACCAUCCAUCCGCGCCAAACACGCCUUUGUCGAAUACACCCUCGUCGCCAACUUUUCGGCAGGCACCUUCUUUAAAAAGUACCGGAUCCAGAAAUCGGUCGCUUUGUGUCGCCACUACCUGCCGAGUCCAAGUGCAAUGAUACCCUGUAUUGAAUACAAUAACGCACGCGAAUGGUUUGAGUGGUCUGCAGAAGUGCCCAAGGCCGUCGCAAUAGAGGCUGGUGAGGUCGUCAUUGCGUUACGGUGGAGUGUGGAGAAGGAACUCGUCGAAGUGGAUCAGAUAGAACUUGCCUUGGAAGAGAUAGAAACGUACAGAUUUUCUACAAAGUCUGGUGUACAUAACUUACCGCCUAUGAUCAGUCGAUUCCCUGCCACGACAUACCAUCCACCAUCGCACUCUGGCAAUUCAGAAACACACUUUAUCCGCACGCCACUCCCUAUCAACACUCCCGUACACAAGGUCGCCCGUCCAGUCCGAACCCAUAUCUUUAAUCCAUUCCUAGACAUUUCACAUCGACUACGCCUCGUCAUUCACUUCACAACAUCCCCUUCAUUACGCCCCGAACCAGUGGUACUUGAGUACCCGAUUAUUGUCACAGAUUAUCCCGCCGAUCAACCCUCCAUUUCGCCUGUUGUAGGUGGCGACGAAGCCGUCUGCGUGGAUCUGGACCUGCCCGAAUACACACCCCGCUACGAACAACUCAAACAAGCUGGUAGAAAAGAAGGAAGAGAGAAAGAAAAGAACGAUGGAGCGAGUCAAGAGGCCGCCGGGACAUCAGGCAAUAGAUACGUGGUUCGUCGAGUCAUGGUUCGGUCGCGUUUCAAAUGA